GUUUCCAUGAGGUCAGAUACGUUCCCAUGACGGUAGAUACUCACCCCAGAUCCAUAUGCGACGCCGACCCGCUUACCCUAAACAGAUCUACAGAUCUAAUUGACUGGAUCUGCCACAGGGUAUUGGACUGACUAGAUAGAUAAGUAGCAUGAUCGAUUUAUGGCCUACGCCGGUCCUGGCCUGUCGCCAGCCUGACUCAGUAUGAGGACCCCUUAUCCAAGAGUUCGACACAUUGAAGGGUACAGCGAUGAAGCCUUCAACGCGUGCCUCAAGGUUCUUACAGCAGCAUUUGCCGAUCAUCCAUUCAUGCUGAUGAAAAAUGGGCAUGACCCGGAGCUUCUGCGGCUAGAUCUGUCCAUUCCAAUAGCCAGCGGGUUGCAAAAGAAGCUAGUCUAUGUCACUGGCCACAAUGACCACGAUAUCUCGGCGGUCAUCAUCAUUUCCCCACCAGCACCGCCCAAGCCUAGUGAUACGACGGUGAAAACCUCGCCCCAGCUUAACUCUGAUAACGAGCCGGAUUAUGCGGAAAAAAACAGGGAAGAGUACAAAGCAAAAUUGCCAGCUUAUAUCAAAGAGUACAUGGAGACAGUCAAAGCGGAGGACUAUAAAGAAUUUGUCAAGACCAUCGGCGAAGAACUUUGGUUAGGGGGCUACAGGAUCGGCGUCAUAGGUACCUAUCCAUCGGCGCAAGGUCAGGGCUAUGGUUCCGCCUUGAUGCGUGAGAUCAUGAACAUGGCGGCCGAAAAGAAAAGUUGGAUCGCCCUGGCAAGCUGGACUCAUGAUACUACAUUAUGAUAUGAGUCGCUCGACAUGAGGAUCAUUCAUGAUGGGGAGGUCCCUACGGUGGAUAAAAGCCCGUUGCACAGGUGGGCUCUGACAUGGAAUAAGUGACACGCAUAAUGAGGAUUCUGCCGCUAGUAACGGGCCCAGAGAAAUAUCGCACCACAUAGGUAUCAGACGUCCACUGCUACAGGCAUUCACUAUCCAUGCAUAUCCAACCUC